AUGGCUGCUCCACCCACUCAAUAUGUGCUGGCGAUAUUUCCCGGGUUCCAGCUGCUCGACCUGGCCGGUCCACUCGACAUACUCAAUGAGCUUUCUGAGAGUUCUGAAAACUCCCAGCUUAGUUUGACCAUCGUCGCCGAGACGUCUGACCCUGUCCCCGUCAAACCGAUUGCCCUGUCCUCUGCCAACUGGACCUUCGAUCUGCAAGCACACUCCUCACAGAUCCCAGGCCGAGUAAACGCUAGUUUCAAUCAGUAUUUGCAGCCGGACACCACGUUUGCAGACUAUCUUGCGGCGGCCAAGUCAGGCAAGGCAAAGGCUGACGUACUUCUCAUCCCCGGUGGGAUAGGCACACGCCUGAACCGGCUCCACCCUGAUGGCAGCAAGACAUUGAAUGUGCAAAGCCUGUACGACUUCCUGCCGAACAUUGCCCCGCAUAUCAGCACCGCAAUCAUCACCGUCUGCACUGGAUCGGAUAUCUUAGCGCAGUCAGGCCUGCUCAAGGGCCGGAGAGCCACCACUAAUAUGCAGCGAUACGACUUUGUGGCACAACGUAAUCCAGGGGUGUCAUGGCAGUAUGGUGCAAGGUGGAUUCGAAGCCUGCCAUCGGAAGCAGUAGGCACUGUGCCGAUCGAAAUCUGGAGCUCUGCCGGCAUCAGUGCAGGCAUGGACGUGACGCUGGCGUUCGUCGCGCACUUCCACGGAGGAGAGUCCGUGGCCACAGACCUGGCCAAGUCUUUAGAGUACGACUGGCGACAACUCGCGGAGGGAGAAAAAGAUCCCCUGUACAAAAGGUACUAUUCUAUCUGA